AUGUGGAUUGUUGUUCCCUUGCAACUCGUAUUGGUACCAGGGGACCAUAGUUUUCCAUAUUAUAAACAGAAAUCUGGACAUACAUAUUUACUGCGUUCUACCUUCUAUCUGUAUGUCUAUUAUUUUCUCUCCUUCCCUCUCAUUCCUGUUUCAGGAGUUUCCAGAGAAAACCAGACCAGGGAACUUCACACAUUCUCCUUUCCAAUGUCCUGAUAUGAGUCGCUCGCCCACUGUCCCCUCCUCAGGUAAGAUGGAACCAUCCUUGAUUUAGAGUUGAUUUAGAAAGUCAAUAUGUGAACUGAUCCCAGGCCAGCCUUAUUCUCUAACUCAAAGGUGUGGUUUCCGGGACACAGAUUAAGCCUAGUCCUGGUCUAAAAAGCAAACUCUAUAUGGUGAGCGACUAUCGGAAAUUAUUUUAAAUCCAGUACUAUGCUUAAUCUGUGUCUGGGAACGCGGUAUUAAUGUAAGCUUGUGGGAUCAGGCGGCUUUGCGAGGCUAGGAAACAAGGCCAUAAUGUCCAGCACUGGGAACAGGGUUUUGGGGGCAGAUCCUAGACCAGUGCUAAGAGACAUCUUCAACUGCCUUCUCUCUGAGUAAAUACUGUAUGUCAGGAAUCAUUAACUAGAUUAAGCCACAGGCCGAUAUUUUCUUGAGCGGAUGGUCAGGGGGUCGGAACAUAAUUACAAAUAAUAUGUAGACUAAAUUGACGGCAAGACGCCCAACAGAUAUAAUAUUAGACUAAAACAUAAUCAUUUAAAACCUUGCUUGCAUUUGUAUAUGAUCACAUACAGUGCAUUCGGAAAGUAUUCAGACCCCUUGACUUUUUCCACAUUUUAUUACAUUGCAGCCUUAUUCAAUAUAUACACAAUGCCUCAUAAUGACGAAGUAAAAACAGGUUUUUAGACAUUUUUGCACAUUUAUUAAAAAUAAAAGUAUUCAGAGACUUUGCUAUGAGACUCGAAAUUGAGCUCAGGUGCAUCUUGUUUCAUUGAUCAUCAUUGAGAUGUUUCUACAACUUGAUUGGAGUCUACCUGUGGUAAAUUCAAUUGAUUGGAGAUGAUUUGGAAAGGCACACACCUGUCUAUAUAAGGUCCCACAGUUAGCGGUGCAUGUCAGAGCAAAAACCAAGCCAUGAGAUCGAAGGAAUUGUCCGUAGAGCUCCGAGACAGGUUUGUGUCGAGGCACAGAUCUGGGGAAGGGUACCAAAACAUUUCUGCAGCAUCGAAGGUCCCCAAGAACACAGUGGCCUCCAUCAUUCUUAAAUGGAAGAAGUUUGGAACUACCAAGACUCUUCCUAGAGCUGGCCGCCCGGCCAAACUGAGGAAUCGGGGGAGAAGGGCCUUCGUCAGGGAGGUGUCCAAGAACCCGAUGGUCACUCUGACGGAGCUCCAGAGUUUCUCUGUGGAGAUGGGAGAACCUUCCAGAAGGACAACCAUCUCUGCAGCACUCCACCAAUCAGGACUUUAUGGUAGAGUGGCCCGACGGAAGCCACUCCUCAGUAAACAGCACAUAACAGCCCGCUUGGAGUUUGCCAAAAGGCACUUAAAGGACUCUCAGACCAUGAGAAACAAGAUUCUCUGGUCUGACGAAACCAAGAUUGAACUCUUUGGCCUGAAUGCCAAGCGUCACGUCUGGAAGAAACCUGGCACCAUCCCUAUGGUGAAUGCAUGGUGGUGGCAGCAUCAUGCUGUGGGGGUGUUUUUCAGCAGCAGGGACUGGGAGACUAGUCCGGAUCGAGGGAAAGAUUAACAGAGCAAAGUACAGAGAGAUCUUUAAUGAAAACCUGCUCCAGAGCGCUCAGGACCUCAGACUGGGGGCGAAGGUUCACCUUCCAACAGGACAACGACCCUAAGCACACAGCCAAGACAACACAGGAGUGGCUUCGGGACAAGUCUCUGAAAGUCCUUGAAUGGCCCAGCCAGAGCCCGGACAUGAACCCGAUCGAACAUCUCUGGAGAGACCUGAAAAUACCUGUGCAGCGACACUCCCCAUCCAACCUGACAGAGCUUGAGAGGAUCUGCAGAGAAGAAUGGGAGAAACUCCCCAAAUACAGGUGUGCCAAGCUUGUAGCGUCAUACCCAAGAAGACUUGAGGCUGUAAUUGCUGCCAAAGUUGCUUCAACAAAGUACUGAGUAAAGGGUCUACUUAUUUAAAUGUGAUAUUUCCAUUUUUUAUUUAUUAUUUGCUAAAAUUUCUAAAAACCUUUUUUUGCUUUGCCAUUAUGGGGUAUUGUGUGUAGAUUGAUGAGAAGAAAAUAACUAUUUAAUCCAUUUUAGAAUAAGGAUGUAACGUAACAAAAUGUGGAAAAAGUCAAGGGUACCACAAAUGCACUGUAUAUCUCUCUGCUAUGAGUGGGAAUACUUUGGAACAGAUUCCAAAAUGUAAAUUACUUGGAGCUUAUUUGCUAGUAUUUUGUGUAAAGCAAUAUUUUAUAUUUUUGUAUUAUUAUUAUUAUUAUUAUUAUUAUUAUUAUUAUUAUUAUUAUUAUUAUUGCACAGAACUUGGGGGGCCAAAUGAAAUCACUGGCAGGCCGCCAGUUGGGAAACCCUGCUGUAUGUUGUCAGUGUGGGAGUUGAACAAUUGAAUCAAUGUUUCUAGUGUAAUGGUGUUGGAUUCGUAACCUCACUCCCCAGCUUGAAAUCGAAUCGCUAGCUUGAAAUCGAAUCACGCUAUCGUAUCGCUAGCUUUUCUAGUGUAAUAAGCAAAGACGUUUUCUAGCAGGUGGUCACGUAUCUUUGCGAGGCAGAGGGUCCCUGGUCCAAGCCCAAUGAGGGACAGGGACACGAAAGGAAGCAAGCACAGUGACACACCUCUUAAAUUAGCCCUGUACAACCUAAUAUGAUAUGUGGACAGUGUAGAAGGCCACCUGGGUCAGCAAUGUGUGCAUGAUGGCUGGUCAUUAUAAAUCUCUCUCUCUCUCAAUAUCCACCAAUGUGUCCUUUCUCUUGACUUUGACUCUCUUCUUGCUCUUUAGUUGAGUUGGUUAAGGCGGCGGAUAUUAAAGUCAUUGCUGCCCUGGGGGAUUCUCUGACGGUGAGUUCAAUGUUGUGUUUGUCUUAACACAUAAACACUUUACACUUGACACUUGACCAGAUUUUUUGGGGCUGUGGGUGUUACUUAAAGGGGCAAUCCGUGAUUGGUACAUCCAUUUUCCAUCUCACCAAAAUGAUUUGUUUUUCUUACACUAGAAGGGCACUAUCAUAAUUUUCACAAUUUCACAGUAUUAUUCCAACCUCAUAGUGUGGAAAUGUAUAUGAAACACAGGAAAAUCACGUUUUUGACUGCACUGGGCCUUUAAAACUAUAAUUUUGAUCUCAUGGAUGGUCAGUCCUCGCAUCCAUAGCUCAGUGUGAAUUUAAGAGUGGUUACAUUUCUCCAGCCUCAUCCCUCAGCUGUUUACCAAAACAAGUGAUGGGAUGUCUGCUUUGUUGUUUUUAAAAUCCUGUAUUUCCCCUUUAAAGCAACUGGUGUGUCACCUUUUCAAAACUGAAACUAAUAAAUGCAAAACCAUGCAUCCACAUCUAUUAUAUUGGAGCAGUUUCACUCAACGCUGCAUGGAAAUAUAUGGAAAGUAGUUACUGUAAUGAGUUUAACUGAACUGUCUGGACUGGACAAAUACAACUAACCAAUUCAUUUAAAGCAGUUUUUGGCUCAAGACCUCAAUUCAUUUAAACCAUUAAACCACCACAGGUCAGGGCUAGAAAUUCUGUUCAGGCCAGUGAGAAGAAAAAGUUAACAUUGAACUCAUUCAGGCAUAUUGCUAUAAUCAUAAUAUCAAAUAAAAUCACAUUUUAUUUGCCACAUGCUUACUUACAAGCCCUUAAUCAACAAUGCAUUUUUGUACGUUUUUUAUUUUUUUAAGUGUUAAGUGUGGUCCUCUGUAGCUCAGCUGGUAGAGCACGGCGCGUGUAACGCCAAGGUAGUGGGUUCGAUCCCCGGGACCACCCAUACACAAAAAAUUUAUGCACGCAUGACUGUAAGUCGCUUUGGAUAAAAGCGUCUGCUAAAUGGCAUAUUAUUAUUAUAAGUUAAAGAAAUAAAAAUAAAUAACUAAAGAGCAGCAGUAAAAUAAAAUAAUAGUAGGGAGGCUAUAUACAGGGGGGUACCGGUGCAGAGUCAAUGUGUGGGGGCACCGGUUAGUCGAGGUAAUUGAGGUAAUAUGUACAUGUGGGUAGAGUUAAAGUGACUUUGCAUAAAUAAUAAACAGAGUAGCAGCAGCGUAAAAACUGAAUUUGCUGAUCUUUGGCACGUAUGUCAAUGUCAUAGUUGAAUCAUCUUUGACCAUUCAUUGUAAUCCUGUCUCUAUCAUACUGGAAGUUACUGUUUCGAUUAACAUACUGUAGUUUGCUAUUUUUAAAAAUGUGGUUACUGUCUCACUGGAAAGCAAAGUAGGUAUAAUCAUAUGACUCAUAGUCAAACACCUUGUGGUUGAUUAUUUGAUGAAUUGCUAUAUGGACUGUCUUGCCCUCUCUAUUCAGACCGCCAUAGGUGCCAAUGCCACCAACGUCCUUGGGAUUCCUAUCGAGUUCCGUCACGUGUCAUGGAGGUACCCAAUUAAUUGUCUUUAGAUGAGAAUAUGACAACAGAAUAUGACAAGAAUUACGAGAAUAAGAAUUGUAUCAAGAUGACAACUUUACAUAGUAAUGUAUGCUUUCUUGUCCUGUAUUUGGGUAUUCUGAAUGAUAGUUCUCAGUCUAAUAAUAAUCAUAAUUUGGAAGUAAUGUAAUUGUCUUUGAAUGACAACUUGAUGACACUAUAGUGGAAAAUGUCUUGUACCUUGCAGCAUCGGGGGCCAUGGAUCAUACCAAGAUGUCAUUACACUGGCAAGUAAGUGCCUUUAGACUCAAAUAGCACCUUGAGCUUAGUAGGAAUAUUAGUCAUUCAUUGGCACAAAUUAAUUCUAACCAGCCUGAUCUUGCCCAGCCUGGUCCCAGAUAUGUUUGUGCUGUUGCCAACUUAAUUGCUAUCAUUGUAAAGCCAAAGAUGGCAAUGAGUGAGAAGGAGUUGGCAUAAUAGAACAAGAGUACUGGCACUCAGGCUAUAUCUUGCAUUGUUUUUGCCUGGUUAUGGUUAGGUUUGAAGCAAUAGCAGAUCCAAUAUCUAUGGUUAGAGGCAACAUCUACCUUGAGGAUAGAAUGCACAGUGACCUAUCAUCCUUCAUGUUCUACCUGUGUGAGCGUAAGGUGUAGGGUGAAGUUGCCCCUAGAUGCUGAUCUGAGGUCAGUAUUGCAUUUCCCCCACAAAUGAAAUGACGUAAAUGUAAAUGUAAAUGUAAAUGGUUAAGGUUAGGAUUGGGGAGGGGAAGCUUAUCCAAGAUCUGUACGUAGUGGAAACUUCACCCUGGAGAUGAAGACAAAGGAAGAGAAUGUGCUCAACUCUAAAUCCUCUUGUGUAACCCAAUAGAAAGGGUGCUUGGAACCAAAAAUCAAUCACAUAAAAAAGGCCAGCACUCACUUAUAUAUACAUAUAUAUUCAUAUAUACAGUACCAGUCAAAAGUUUGGACACACCUACUCAUUCAAGGGUUUUUCUUUAUUUUUACUAUUUUCUACAUUGUAGAAUAAUAGUGAAGACAUGAAAACUAUGAAAUAACACAUAUGGAAUCAUGUAGUAACCAAAUUUUUGUUAUAUUUUGAUUUAGAUUGAUGACAGUUUUGCACACUCUUGGCAUUCUCUCAACCAGCUUCAUGAGGAAUGCUGUUCCAACAGUCUUGAAGGAGUUCCCACAAAUGCUGAGCACUUGUUGGCUGCUUUUCCUUCGCUCUGCGGUCCAACUCAUCCCAAACCAUCUCAAUUGGGUUGAGGUCGGGUGAUUGUGGAGGCCAGGUCAUCUGAUGCAGCACUCCAUCACUCUCCUUCUUGGUCAAAUAGCCCUUACACAGCCUUGAUGUGUGUUUUGGGUCAUUGUCCUGUUGAAAAACAAAUGAUAGUCCCACUAAGCCCAAACCAGAUGGGAUGGCAUAUCACUGCAGAAUGCUGUGGUAGCCAUGCUGGUUAAGUGUGCCUUGACUUCUAAAUAAAUCACUGACAUUGUCACCAGCAAAGCACACCAUCACACCUCCUCCUCCAUGCUUCACGGUAGGAACCACACAUGCGGAGAUGAUCUGUUCACCUAAGCUGCGUCUCACAAAGACACGGCAGUUGGAACCAAAUAUCUCAAAUCUGGACUCGUCAUACCACCGGUCUAAUGUCCAUUGCUCAUGUUUCUUGUCCCAAGCAAGUUUCUUCUUAUUAUUGGUGUCGUUUAGAAGUGGUUUCUUUGCAGCAAUUCGACCAUGAAGGCCUGAUUCAUGCAGUCUCCUCUGAACAGUUGAUGUUGAGAUGUGUCUGUUACUUGAACUCUGUGAAGCAUUUAUUUGGGCUGUAAUUUGAGGUACAGUUAACUCUAAUGAACUUAUCCUCUGCAGCAGAUGUAACUCUGUGUCUUCCUUUCCUGUGGCGGUCCUCAUGAGAGCCAGUUUCAUCAUAGCACUUGAUGGUUUUUGUGACUGCACUUGAAGAAACUUUCAAAGUUCUUGAAAUGUUCCGUAUUGACUGACCUUCAUGUCUUAAAGUAAUGGUGGGCUGUCGUUUCUCUUUGCUUUUUUGAGCUGUUCUUGCCAUAAUAUGGACUUGGUCUUUUACCAAAUAGGGCUAUCUUCUGUAUACCAACCCUACCUUGUCACAACACAACUGAUUGGCUCAAACGCAUUAUGAAGGAAAUAAAUUCCAGAAAUUAACUUUUAGCAAUGCACACCUGUUAAUUGAAAUGCAUUCCAGGUGACUACCUCAUGAAGCUGGCUGAGAGAAUGCCAAGAGUGUGCAAAGCUGUCAUCAAGGCAAAGGGUGGCUACAUUGAAGAAUCUCAAAUAUAAAAUAUAUUUGGACACUUUUUUGGUUACUACAUGAUUCCAUAUGUGUUAUCUCAUAGUUCUGAUGUCUUCACUAUUAUUCUACAAUGUAGAAAAUAGUAAAAACAAAGAAAAACCCUGGAAUUAGUAGGUGUAUCCAAACUUUUCACUGGUACUGUAUAUGUUUUUAUUUUUAUAAUUAUUUUUCCUGUGUGAACUCUCCUUGGCAUGUGCUCUAGAUAUCGUAAGGCUUUUCAAUCCCAAUGUGCUUGGUGCUGCACCGGCCAAGACUGUCCAUGGAACCUCAGCCCCACUCAGCGAAACAGGAUUCAACCUGGCCGUGACUGGACACAACACCUUGUAAGAAACCACUAUGGUGAAAUAUGCAAAUAUACUGUCUGUCUGCCUGAGAGUGAACCAAUGAAAGUGAUGCAUAGAGUUGCGUGCACUAAAAAGCUAGUUUGGGCCAUGGUACUGGCACAAUGCUUGUAUAACACAGUGGUCUAAUGUCUCAUAGCAUAUCUAAACUAAGUUUUAAGUGGCUGCAGAUUUGAGUUACAAGACUGCACAUUUGAGUUACACUAGUCUCACAUAGCCAUACCUCGAAAUCACGUUGUUGUCACACCUCGUUUCUCGAUGAGGCUAGAGUUACAUACACAAUCUGACAAUUUCAACGAUAAUGUGUAGCUGCUGGUGCUACACUCAUUUGUUUUGUUUCAUUACACAUUUUUGACCAUGUCCUUAUUGUUCAUUUAAUUCUGUAACAGCUCAAAAUAAUCUCCUAUUUUGGAUGUUCGUUUUGAAGUUUUUGAUUUCGACUUUUGAAAAUAAGUAAUGAAUGUCAAUCUUAGAUAUGGAAAGAUGGCACACCUACUAUCCUUGCGCAGGGGUGUCUUCUGUGACGCCAUGGACAGAGUAAUUGAUGGCUAUCUCCAUUUUAAAGUAGUCAAUUACUUAUUUUUCUACUUGCAAGAGUGUAUUGGCAGUUCGUAAAUAAACUGAAAAGGUGCAUACCACCACCUGUUGUGCUGGAGUGUGUAUAGUCUGAACCGGUAUAAAGCCAAGGUCGGUGAUUUACUGCCACCUGCAGUUAUGGAAUGUUUGCUCAGGAGUAUAAUUCAUUGGCUGACCCCUCCCGCUGAUCUGAUAGGAAUUAUGGCGCUCCCCGGGGUUGCUCUCUAGCCAACUCUAUGGUGACACUAGCCUUGACUAACCUUUCUCUGAUAAUGGGGUCACCACCUUAUGUUCUGAAAGACUCAUAUUUCCCAGUGUUCCUCCUCAUAAUAUUAUCUGCCUAUUCCAUGCUAAGAUAGGACAUUGUGUCACAGUUUUGACCUUCACUAAUUUCACAAUUAAAGUUAUUUUAUGACACAACACACUCAGUACAAUUUUUUUGUUAUGCACAGCUCACAAAAUAACAAAAUGCUGCUAAUUUUGAAAAACAAACAAACACAUUUUGUCUGAUUCUGCCGCUUGUAAAUUCAGUAUUUCUGUUAUUCAAUAAAAUGUGCAAAUGUUAAUUCACGUCAUUAAUACUAUUGGAGACAUAUUUCGCAUUUAAAAUGCUUAAAGCUAUAGUCUGGGAUUCAAAAAACAACAAGAAACUGGCCGCCCUGCCUCUUGUUUUGGUAAACAGCUGAGGGAUGGGGCUGGAGAAAUUGUUGGAGCUAUGGAUGCAAGGACUGACCAUCCAUGAGAUCAAAAUGAUAGUUUACCUAGUUUGAAGCUAUACAGUGUUUACAAUAACAUUAAAACAAGCUUAUAUUUGGUGUGGUCGGAUGGGGUAAGACAGUUGAACUAAGCUCAUGAGUGUUUAUAAGUUACAAUCAAUGGCUAUCGUCAAUUGAAAGUCCAAAAAUGUAUGUACCAAUAGCAGACUGUAGCUGGUGCUUUUUGCUCAGUGAUAUGAUGUGUAUUGUAAUGUUGUGUAACUGUCCCUUAGUAAUCUACCAGGGCAGACCAGACAUCUCAUUGACACACUGAGAAACUAUGAGGUAAGAACCCCAUUAUGUUUCCAAAACCCUGUUAUAUUCAAACUCGUCUGAUAAGAACUUAUGAUAUUUAGACCUUAUCACUGAAAAUGGUAGCCUAGGUGCCAGUGUGUUUCUGCUUUAGCCAACUGAAGAACAACAGAACUCAAAAACGACAUCAGGUGUUUAGAAGUGUGUACCAUUCGAUCUCAUCAGUGCUAUAUGUGGUUAUGAAGGUUAUGGUAAUACUAUAUUAGUAAUACCAUAAACAGAUGUGAAAUUGGUAAUAUUUACAUUUCAAUACCAAACCAAAGCUUUGGGGAAUCAUUAUCUUGCCAAAAUAAAACAGCUAGACAAACAGACUGGCACCCACCUGGGAUUUGAUUAUGAUUACAUUUGAUAUCAACAACCCUCUUUUCAAACCAAUGUGUAAGAAUGCUUUAUUGAUUUGAAUAGCAAUUUUAGUACAGUGGUAAAGUAAGUACUGACUGACUACUGUAUCCCCUCUUUCAUCCUUUUCUUUCCUUAGGGCCUGAACUUUGAUGAGGACUGGAAGCUACUGACCAUUCUCAUAGGCAUGAACGACAUCUGUGAUUACUGCAAGGAUAAGGUCUGUGUCAUUAUAAUAUGCAGGCUAUGCAACUUCAUGUGUAUAUCAUAAAGAAAGUGCAGAGGUGUUUACUUUAGCGCUUGUUUCAACCCUCUCCUUCCCAGGUUCUUUUCUCAGUGGACAACUACAUUCACUACAUGACGAACUCCUUGGAAAUGCUAAUGAAUGAGGUAACAUCGGGAGAGCUCACAGAUAUGAUCUAUUAAUAUUUUUUUCUAAUCCCUUAAAGCGGCAAUCGGCAGUUGAAACAAUAACAAAGCGUAACCCCCCACACCUGUUUUGGUAAAAAGCUGAUGGAUAGGGGUGGAGAAAUGACAUCACUCUCAAAUUCAUAGACAGAGCUAUGGAUGCAAGGACUGACCAUCUAUGAUAUAAAAAUUAUAGUUUUAACCAUGUUUUGAGGCUAUAGUGUUUGUUUACGUUUACUUUGUUUAUAAAAAUUGGAGAAUUUACCUUCCACGGAGUUGCAUUAUUUUCCAGAGAACGCAUAGAGCCCCGAGUUGAUUAUCCGUUUUGUACCAUGGCUAUAAUUUAGCACAUUUAAAGCUAGAAAUGUGUUCAUUUGCAGGUAGAAAUUUGUUCAACAUCCACUGAAGUAGCUAGCAAGUUUACUAGAUAGCGACAGUAGUUGCCUUGGUAACCAAACAAACAGACUUGCUAGUUCAGCUAACCAAACCAUCAGCCCUAGCUUACUAUUAAGAAAAUCGAAUUCAACAAUGCCAAUAAUGUUUUCAAUACGACUUUUGCUUUCAAAAGCAGCUCAAACAUAGAACACGUAAGAAUGAACUAUAGCCAUUGAAUUCUACCGUGCAAAUAUACAGUGCGUUAUAGGGAAAUAAUGCACACUCUAGAAUGCCCUUCAAGCCAAUCAGAAACAAGUACUCAACAAUGCCAUGGUAUAAUUAAGUGAUAAUGCCGGAGAAGACGGUGUUUGGAGGAUAUAUUGGCACGGGUGUUGCUAGGCCCCCAAACACCGGCUUCAGGGGCAUUAUCACAUUUAUACAACGGGUUACCAACAUAUUCAAAUCAUGAUUGACAUAUUUUCAUAAAAAACUUUAUUUUUAUGAAUUUAUUCAUACUAUUUCAUCCUUCCACAGGAUGUAGUCCCGACACAAAUCUAGGGUUGCUACCCAAGCUGGCUGGUCGUUUGUUCAGUCGGUUCGGUUGCCAGAGACGCGACCCAGUCUUUCACUCUUUUUGUUCUGUAUCUAUGGACGCACCCCAGUCGUUCGUUCUAAAUCUUCCUUUGCCAUACUGGCUGGCAACGUUCUUAUUCCUUGCUUGCUAGCUAGCCACCUAUGGUUAACUUAUAGUCACGUCAAACAGCAGUGCAGCCAGAAUAACAACAGUAGAUGCAUUUGGAUUUGUUUAAGCUGUUUUCUAGUGACAUUUAUUUGGAUGCAUCCAUAACAAUGAGCUAAUGAGGCGCGAUUUUGCCUGGCAUAGAAAAUGUGCUCUCUCGUCAGGACACUGUUGUUCAGAGGAGCUAGCCAACAGCACAGCUAACACAAUCACUUCAAACUGAAGCUGGAAAGACUGCGAAAUAGCUGCACUUCGUUUCGUUUGACCUUUUUUCAAUUCACAUUUCUUUCCAUAAAAAUUAUGCCAGCUGAGUUCGACUGUCUGAGAGAAGCUGCCUGCCUGUCUGUCUCGUCCCGACUCCCGACACGUUCAUUACUAUGGGACAGCUGGAGAUUGAAUUUGAAUAUUGAAACAAUUUUGCAAAUAAGACAGACAGCAAGGUUUAUACAAAUCGCUGUUGAAAACUAAAUGUUAGUGUAAAAGAAAUGUGAGAUAAUGUCUAGAUGCUUUUUAUAGUGGAGAUCAAGUUUAUAAAUUGCCUGGCUGGGCUGAUGAGACAGUGGAUUGCUCAGUCAGAUGAAACAGAGUAAAUAGGCAUUUUAACAUCAUAGAUUUAGCUGGUGGUAACUUGUGGAAUAGACACCGGCUGGAAUGCGGUUUUAACCAAUCAGCAUUCAGGAUUAGACCCACCCGUUGUAUAAUGCAUAGUGUAUGUGUUUCCAUGGCAACGUUUGCAUCUCUCUUUGUUGCGGUCAUAGAAAUUGAAUGAUUCUAAUUCUAUGGUUACGGUCUAGGUUCCCCGUAUGAUUGUGAAUGUAGUUCAAAUCCUGCCCAUGGAAACCCUGAGGCAGGUCCAGAGGCCCACCCCAGGCUGCCUGCUCCAACGGUGAGUGACCUGGCUUUGACCUUUCACCUUAGAAAACAACCGCUACGCACUACAGGGUCAAUUUUAGGACACCGUCAGCCUAAUACGGUGUACAUUUUAGGACACCCUCAGCACCAACAAGCCUCUCGCCUCUCCCCUCCUUGAGCCAAUCGUCAAAUCUCCUUGAAAUGUAAACCAUAAUGAACUCUUCCCUUGCAGCUACAUCAUCUUGAAAAUAUUCUCUAGGGCAGGGGUAUUCAACUCUUACCCUACGAGAUCUGGAGCCUACUGGUUUUCUGUUCUACCUGAUAAUUAAUUGCACCCACCUGGUGUCCCAGGUCUAAAUCAGUCCCUGAUUAGAGGGCAACAAUGAAAAAAAUGCAGUGGAACUGGCUUCGAGGUCCAGAGUUGAGUUUGAGGGCUCUAGGGGCUCCCCAUAAGCAUCAAAGGUAGACUCAGCAAUAUGUCAUUGUCAGAUUAUGGCAAGGCAACUUCUGAUGCUAUUAUUGUCUCUUCCCAAUGUUUAUGUUCCUCUAAGGAGGGCACAAAUUAAGACGAGCCAAUAAUGGCAAUCGUGGCAGAUUUUAAAUCUUUGUGUGGUCAACUUGCUGUAUUGUGUAUGAUGAUGUCGCUUAUGUGGAACCCCACGUUAAUAUUUUUGAAGAUCAGUAAGGUGCCCUGAAUUGUUAUGUAACUGAGUUGGAUUCUAGGGUCGUCCUCAUUAGGACACACCAUAGCAAAAUGUUUCACAACGUUUCUUAUUGGUAGAAGUUCAGGAGGUACCACAUUUCAUUCCUAUUGAACAUGACCUUGAUUCUUGACCCAUCAUUUGUUCCAGAGCAUUCUGUUCCUGCCUGAUCAAGCCCGGGGCCGGUUCCCCUGACCUGAAGGAGCUGGUGGAGAUCAACCUAGAGUUUCAGGUGGGUGAUUUAGUGGUUAAUGCCACCACCUACAGCACACAAACCUACCAGUGUCGGCAGACCUGGGUUUAAAAAACGCAAAAAAUAGAUUCAUAUACUUUAUCUGUGCCUGUUUGAACCUUAAUAAACUAAUUGAAAAGUCCCAAACCUGCUAACCCCGCCUAUCUGGCACUCCAGGCAGACUCGUUAAAAGUAUUUAAACCGAUUUUCCUAGUAUUUGAAACCUACCCCCUGAGCACCGACCGACGUCCAUGGCCUUGAUUCCACCCCAUCCACAGACUUGUUUUUUGUAUGUUUGCCCACUGACAAAGAAAUGAUCAGUCCAUAAUUUUAAUGGUAGGUUUAUUUGAACAGUGAGAGACAGAAUAACAACAAAAAAAUCCAGAAAAACGCAUGUCAAAAAUGUUAUAAAUUGAUUUGCAUUUUAAUGAGGGAAAUAAGUAUUUGACCCCUCUGCAAAACAUUACUUAGUACUUGGUGGCAAAACCCUUGUUGGCAAUCACAGAGGUCAGAUGUUUCUUGUAGUUGGCCACCAGGUUUGCACACAUCUCAGGAGGGAUUUUGUCCCACUCCUCUUUGCAGAUCUUCUCCAAGUCAUUAAGGUUUUGAGGCUGACGUUUGGCAACUCGAACCUUCAGCUCCCUCCACAGAUUUUCUAUGGGAUUAAGGUCUGGAGACUGGCUAGGCCACUCCAGGACCUUAAUGUGCUCUUCUUGAGCCACUCCUUUGUUGCCUUGGCCGUGUGUUUUGGGUCAUUGUCAUGCUGGAAUACCCAUCCACGACCCAUUUUCAAUGCCCUGGCUGAGGGAAGGAGGUUCUCACCCAAGAUUUGACGGUACAUGGCCCCGUCCAUCGUCCCUUUGAUGCGGUGAAGUUGUCCUGUCCCCUUAGCAUAAAAACACCCCCAAAGCAUAAUGUUUCCACCUCCAUGUUUGACGGUGGGGAUGGUGUUCUUGGGGUCAUAGGCAGCAUUACUCCUCCUCCAAACAUGGCGAGUUGAGUUGAGCUGAGCUGCCAUGAGAUCAUUGACAAGAUCCUCCCGUGUAGUUCUGGGCUGAUUCCUCACCGUUCUCAUGAUCAUUGCAACUCCACGAGGUGAGAUCUUGCAUGUAGCCCCAGGCUGAGGGAGAUUGACAGUGCUUUUGUGUUUCUUCCAUUUGCGAAUAAUCGCACCAACUGUUGUCACCUUCUCACCAAGCUGCUUGGCGAUAGUCUUGUAGCCCAUUCCAGCCUUGUGUAGGUCUACAAUCUUGUCCCUGACAUCCUUGGAGAGCUCUUUGGUCUUGGCCAUGGUGGAGAGUUUGGAAUCUGAUUGAUUGAUUGCUUCUGUGGACAGGUGUAUUUUAUACAGGUAACAAGCUGAGAUUAGGAGCACUCCCUUUAAGAGUGUGAUCCUAAUCUCAGCUCGUUACCUGUAUAAAAGACACCUGGGAGCCAGAAAUCUUUCUGAUUGAGAGGGGGUCAAAUACUUAUUUCCCUCAUUAAAAUGCAAAUCAAUUUAUAACAUUUUUGACAUGUGUUUUUCUGGAUUUUGUUGUUGUUAUUAUGUCUCCCACUGUUCAAAUAAACCUACCAUUACAAUUAUAGACUGAUAAUUUCUUUGUCAGUGGGCAAACGUACAAAAUCAGCAGGGGAUCAAAUACUUUUUUCCCUCACUGUAGUUCAGUACAGUAGAGCACAAUAGAGUAUAGUACAGUAUAAUGUACUGUAUUGUACCCUACUGUACUGUACUACACUGCACUCUACUGUGCUCUACUGUACUGUGCUAUGCUGUCCAAACUUGUAAAACAUAGACGUCUAUGAUUGGUUUAGACAUGGUCCGGUCCGGACUGACCAUAUUUGGUCUUGUUUGGGGGCGGAGCUCAUUAAAAUAAUACCCAGUGUUAAUUUUUGCAUUUGCAUUUGUCAUUUAGCAGACAGUCUUAUCCAGAGCGACAUUCAACCAAGGUAGAUAAACAACCACAUAUCACAGUCAUAACAAGAAAAACGUUUCUAUAACCGUUACUGAGAAUGUUAUUGUAGUUGAAGUGUACUUUCUGUAGUUUUUUUCUGUUGGUCUGGAAACUUUAAACAUGACCACUGCCAGUUCUAAAGCUUUUGAAAAAGCUAACAUAAAUACAUGUGACAGGUGGGAGCAAUAAUAGAUAUUUCAUACUGCAAUCAUCAGUUGGCUCCAUAUUCCUAUUUAAAUUGGAAUUAACUUUUUGGAAUGUGAAAUAGUGAUUUCUUAAUUGACAUGUAGUUUUAUCAAUGUCCGUAAAAUAAGUAUUUUCAACUUUCGGAAAAUAGAUAUUUUGAAUGUCCGGAGAAUACGUAUUUUCAACGUCUGGAAAAUACGUAUUUUCAAUGUCCAACCUUACAGCAGUGUGCAUAUUUCUGUUCUAGCCCUGCACUAACACACACCUCAUUAACUCUGCAGAAACGGCUAGAGCAGCUCCUCUACAGUGAUAGCUUCUUCAGGGAGGACUUCGCCGUUGUUCUCCAGCCCUUCAUGAAACACGCAGACCCUCCUCGCCUCCCGGUAAAGUUUCUCGACUUUUACCUGGAAUCCUUUUGCUGUUUCUUUUGCUGUAUAUAUAUAUAUAUACAAUACCAGUCAAACGUUUGGACACCCCUACUCAUUCAAGGGUUUUUCUUUAUUUUGAAUAUUUUCUACAUUGUAGAAUAAUAGUGAAGACAUCAAAACUAUGAAAUAACACAUAUGGAAUCAUGUAGUAACCAAAAAAACUGUUAAACGCAUUAUUAGAUUCUUCAAAGUAGCCACCAUUUGCCUUCAUGAAAGGGUGGCUACUUUGCACACUCUUGGCAUUCUCUCAACCAGCUUCAUGAGGAAUGCUUUUCCAACAGUCUUGAAGGAGUUCCCACAUAUGCUGGGCACUUGUUGGCUGCUUUUCCUUCACUUUACGGUCCAACUCAUCCCAAACCGUCUCAACUGGGUUGAGAUCGGGUGAUUGUGGAGGCCAGGUCAUCUGAUGCAGCACUUCAUCACUCUCCUUCUUGGUCAAAUAGCCCUUACACAGCCUGGAGGUGUGUUUGGGGUCAUUGUCCUGUUGAAAAACAAAUGAUAGUCCCACUAAGCCCAAACCAGAUGGGAUGGCGUAUCACUGCAGAAUGCUGUGGUAGCCAUGCUGGUUAAGUGUGCCUUUUAUUCUAAAUAAAUCACUGACAGUGUCACCAGCAAAGCACCCCCACACCAUCACACCUCCUCCUCCAUGCCUCACGGUGGGAACCACACAUGCAGAGAUCAUCCUUUCACCUACUCUGCGUCUCACAAAGACACGGCGGUUGGGACCAAAAAUCUCAAAUUUGCACUCAUCAAACCAAAGGACAGAUUUCCACCGGCCUAAUGUCCAUUGCUCGUGUUUCUUGGCCCAAGCAAGUCUCUUCUUAUUAUUGGUGUCCUUUAGUAGUGGUUUCUUUGCAGCAAUUCGACCAUGAAGGCCUGAUUCACGCAGUCUCCUCUGAACAGUUGAUGUUGAGAUGUGUUGGUUACUUGAACUCUGUAAAGCAUUUAUUUGGGCUGCAAUCUGAGGUUGGUAAGCAGAGGUAACUCUGGGUCUUCCUUUCCUGUGGUGGUCCUCAUGAGAGCCAGUUUCAUCAUAGCGCUUGAUGGUUUUUGCGUCUGCACUUGAAGAAACUUUCAAAGUUCUUGAAAUGUUCCGUAUUGACUGACCUUCAUGUCUUAAAGUAAUGGACUUGGUCUUUUACCAAAUAGGGCUAUCUUCUGUAUACCACCCCUACCUUGUCACAACACAACUGAUUGGCUCAAACACAUUAAGAAGGAAAGAAAUUCCACAAAUAACUUUUAAGAAGGCACAUCUGUUAAUUAAAAUGCAUUCCAGGUGACUAACUCAUGAAGCUGGUUGAGAGAAUGCCAAGAGUGUGCAAAGCUGUCAUCAAGGCAAAGGGUGGCUACUUUGAAGAAUCUCAAAUAUAAAAUAUAUAAUAUUUGUUUAACAGUUUUUUGGUUACUACAUGAUUCCAUAUAUGUUAUUUCAUAGUUUUGAGUCUUCACUAUUAUUCUACAAUGUAGAAAAUAGUAAAAAUACAGAAAAACCCUUGAAUGAGUAGGUGUGUCCAAACUUUUGACUGGUUCUGUAUAUAUAAAAAGCUAUGUGAGAUAAUCAUGCAUGGUAACACAUUCACAGAGACAUUUAUGAAUAAAUUCAUGAUCUGUCACUGUUGUGAUGUUUAUGUCUCUCCGAACAGAGUGGCAAGAUCGACAUGACCUUCUUCACCCAUGACUGCUUCCACUUCACCAUAAAGGGCCACGAGGAGCUAGCCAAGGGACUGUGGAACAACAUGGUGAGCGCUACAUAAUGCUAAAAGGAUGCUAUCAAGAUGCUAAUAUCUAGCUAGCGGGGUCAAAGGUCAUGAGCAUUUUUCAUACAAUUUCUCCAUUCAGUCUGCGACUAAUGACUGGUAUCCCAACACCCUUUUAUAUACAUGCUGAAUGUAACUCCAUACACUGCAUAUGUGAGGAAUGUUGUAAUUGUUUAUGGAGUAUUUAGAAGUGAGCAUGACAAGAAAUAACAGAAAGGUACAAUAGUUGAAACAUGAGUGAUGACAUCAUCAGAUGUUUCAUAUCUCAUUUCCCCAGUUCCAGCCAGACGGAGGGAAGUUUAUGGUGUCAAGCUUUUCUGACCCCAUCGAACUCAUCUGCCCACCCAUGGUAAGACUUGAGCUGUGACUGAGUGUCCUUUCUUUGUAUUUGUUACUAUUAUAUAUAUAUAUUAAAGAUUAAUAUAUUAUAUUAUGAUAGGGGAAUGGAGGUAGGAAUAUGAUACAACUCAAAUCAAAGUUUAUUGGUCAUGUACACAGUUUAGCAGAUGUUACUAGCUCUUAACAAUGCAGUAAAAUGUCAAACAAGUACACAAAUAAUCAUAAAAAAAACAUUAAAAAAAACAAGAAAUCUUGAAAUGUCAUAACGAAUACAAUUAACCCAAAUACUGUAGCACUGUAACAGUAAUCCAAAUGCAAUCUACAGUGCCUUGCAAAAGUAUUUAUCCCCCUUGGCGUUUUUCCUAUUUUGUUGCAUUACAACCUGUAAUGUACAUGGAUUUUUAUUUGGAUUUCGUGUAAUGGACAUAUACAAAAUAGUCAAAAUUGGUGAAGUGAAAUGAAAAAAAUAAGUUGUUUCAAAGAAUUCUAAAAAAUAAAUAACGGAAAAGUGGUGCGUGCAUAUAUAUUCACCCCCUUUGCUAUGAAGCCCCUAAAUAAGAUCUGGUGCAACCAAUUACCUUCAGAAGUCACAUAAUUAGUUAAAUAAAGUCCACCUGUGUGCAAUCUAAGUGUCACAUGAUCUGUCACAUGAUUUCAGUAUUUAUACACCUGUUCUGAAAGGCCCCAGAGUCUGCAAGACCACUAAGCAAGGGGCACCACCAAGCAAGCGGCACCAUGAAGACCAAGGAGCUCUCCAAACAGGUCAGGGACAAAGUUGUGGAGAAGUACAGAUCAGGGUUGGGUUAUAAAAAAAUAUCAGAAACUUUGAACAUCCCACGGAGCACCAUUAAAUCCAUUAUUAAAAAAAUGGAAAGAAUAUGGCACCACAACAAACCUGCCAAGAGAGGGCCGCCCACCAAAACUCACGGACCAGGCAAGGAGGGCAUUAAUCAGCGAGGCAACAAGGAGACGAAAGAUAACCCUGAUGGAGCUGCAAAGCUCCACGGCGGAGAUUGGAGUAUCUGUCCAUAGGACCACUUUAAGCUGUACACUCCACAGAGCUGGGCUUUACGGAAGAGUAGCCAGAAAAAAGCCAUUGCUUAAUGAAAAAAAUAAGCAAACACGUUUGGUGUUCGCCAAAAGGCAUGUGGGAGACUCCCCAAACAUAUGGAAGAAGGUACUCUGGUCAGAUUAGACUAAAACUGAGAUUGUUGGCCAUCAAGGAAAAUGUCUGGCGCAAACCCAACACCUCUCAUCACCCCGAGAACAAUAUUCGCACAGUGAAGCAUGGUGGUUGUAGCAUCAUGCUGUGGGGAUGUUUUUCAUCAGCAGGGACUGGGAAACUGGUCAGAAUUGAAGGAAUGAUGGAUGGCGCUAAAUACAGGGAAAUUCUUGAGGGAAACCUGUUUCAGUCUUUCAGAGAUUUGAGACUGGGACGGAGGUUCACCUUCCAGCAGGACAAUGACCCUAAGCAUACUGCUAAAGCAACACUCAAGUGGUUUAAGGGGAAACAUUUAAAUGUCUUGGAAUGGCCUAGUCAAAGCCCAGACCUCAAUCCAAUUGAGAAUCUGUGGUAUGACUUAAAGAUUGCUGUACACCAGCGGAACCCAUCCAACUUGAAGGAGAUGGAGCUGUUUUGCCUUGAAGAAUGGACAAAAAUCACAGUGGCUAGAUGUGCCAAGCUUAUGGAGACAUACCCCAAGAGACUUGCAGCUGUAAUUGCUGCAAAAGGUGGCUCUACAAAGUAUUGACUUUGGGGGGGGGGUGAAUAGUUAUGCACGCUCAAGUUUUCUGUUUCUUUGCUUAUUUCUUGUUUGUUUCACAAAAAAAAAUAUUUUGCAUCUUCAAAGUGGUAGGCAUGUUGUGUAAAUCAAAUGAUACAAACCCCCCAAAAAUCAAUUUUAAUUCCAGGUUGUAAGGCAACAAAAUAGGAAAAAUGCCAAGGGGGGUGAAUACUUUCGCAUCCCACUGUAUACACUACCGGUCAAAAGUUUUAGAACACCUACUCAUUCAAGGGUUUUUCUUUAUUUUGACUAUUUUCUACAUUGUAGAAUAAUAGUGAAGACAUCACAACUAUGAAAUAACACAUAUGGAAUCAUGUAGUAACCAAAUAAGUGUUAAACAAAUCAAAAUAAAUUUUAUAUUUGAGAUUCUUCAAAUAACCAACCUUUGCCUUGAUGACAGCUUUGCACACUCUUGGCAUUCUCUCAACCAGCUUCAUGAGGUAGUCACCUGGAAUGCAUUUCAAUUAACAGAUGUGCAUUCUUAAAAGGUAAUUUGUGGUUUUCUUUCCUUCUUAAUGUGUUUGAGCCAAUCAGUUGUGUUGUGACAAGGUAGGGGUGGUAUACAGAAGAUAGCCCUAUUUGGUAAAAUACCAAGUCCAUAUUAUGACAAGAACAGCUCAAAUAAGAAAAGAGAAACGACUGUCCAUCAUUACUUUAAGACAUGAAGGUCAGUCAAUACGGAACAUUUCAAGAACUUUUAAAGUUUAUUCAAGUGCAGUCGCAAAACCAUCAAACGCUAUGAUGAAACUGGUUCUCAUGAGGACCGCCACAGGAAUGGAAGACUCAGAGUUACCUCUGCUGCAGAAGAUGUUCGUUAGCCUCAGAAAUUGCAGCCCAAAUAAAUGCUUCACAGAGUUCAAGUAACAAACAUAUCUCAACAUCAACUGCUCAGAGGAGACUGUGUGAAUCAGGCCUACUGAAGGACACCAAUAAUAAGAAGAGACUUGCUUGGACCAAGAAACAUGAGCAAUGGACAUUAGACCGAUGGAAAUUUGACCUUUGGUCUGGAGUCCAAAUUUGAGAUUUUUGGUUCCAACCGCCGUGUCUUUGUGAGACGCGGUGUGGGUGAACGGAUGAUCUCCGCAUGUGUAUUUCCCACCGUAAAACAUGGAGGAGGAGGUGUUAUGGUUUGGGGGUGCUUUGCUGGUGACACUGUCUGUGAUUUAUUACACUUAACCAGCAUGGCUACCACAGCAUUCUGCAGCGAUACGCCAUCCCAUCUGGUUUGGGCUUAGUGGGACUAUCAUUUGUUUUUCAACAGGACAAUGACCCAACACACCUCCAGGCUGUGUAAGGGCUAUUUGACCAAGAAGGAGAGUGAUGGAGUGCUGCAUCAGAUGACCUGGCCUCCACAAUCACCCGACCUCAACCCAAUUGAGAUGGUUUGGGAUGAGUUGGACUGCAGAGUGAAGGAAAAGCAGCCAACAAGUGCUCAGCCAAUGUGGGAACUUCAAGACUGUUGGAAAAGCAUUCUUCAUGAAGCUAUUUGAGAGAAUGCCAAGAGUGUGCCAAGCUGUCAUCAAGGCAAAGGGUGGCUACUUGGAAAAAUCUAAUAUAUAUUUUGAUUUGUUUAACAGUUUUUUGGUUACUACAUGAUUCUACAUGUGUUAUUUCAUAUUUUGAUGUCUUCACUAUUAUUCUACAAUGUAGAAAAUAUUCAAAAUAAAGAAAAACCCUUGAAUGAGUAGGUGUGUCAAAACUUUUGACUGGUACUGCAUGUAUGUGAAUGGUGUACAUAGACAGUAUGGACAGAAUGUGAAUAGAAAAGGUGUGUACAGCAGUAGUUAUAUAGGAUGAGCCAUGGCUAGAAUACAGUAUAUACAUAUAAAGUGGGUAAAAUAAUAUGUAAAGAUUAUUAAAGUGACCAGUGUUCAAUGACUAUAUGUACAUAGGGCAGCAGUCUCUAUAGGUGUAGGAUUGAGUACCGGGUGGUAGCCAUUUAGUGACAGUGUCUAAGGUUCAGGGCAGGGUACUCUGCGGAGGCCGGCUAGUGAUGACUGUUUAACAGUCUGAUGGCCUGGAGAUAGAAGCUGUUUAUCAGUGACCUCAAAUCUAUUGUUGACCAGUUUCUUUCGUAACUAAAGCUGUUUUGGAUGUUUAGGAUCACCCCUACAUCUACACCCGACCUGCCAAAACAGGCCAGUCCACCAUACCCGUUGUCCCCAGGUCGGCUGUUCCAACGCGGGCAAACCUCCUUCUGUCUCCCCUCGUGGUCCUGGCUGGUAUUCUGUCCUGGAGCAUCACUGCUUUAGCCUCUCUUUAACACUCUAUAAUACUAUAAUAAACUUCUAAGUAGGGGGGAAUAUAGGCAAUAUGACAGUUGCAGUUGUAAUGACAGUGGGUGUUUUUCUUUGUUGCUGCCAUGCCUGCAUUGUCAAGUAUUGAACACAAGAGGGUCUACCAACCCUUGUGUGCUGUGACCAUAGAGAAUGAUAGAGGCC